AGUUAGGUUAGCAAUACCAUAGCAAUACUGAAAUAAAGAAAUUCGUUGUACUGCUUUAAUUUAUCAAUUUCUUUGUUAAAAUUAAGGACAAUGAGUUCUGGAUUUAUAUCUGAAUCCGAAAUAUUGGAGCAGAGACGACGUCGCCAAGAGGAAUGGGACAAAGUUCGAACUGAAGACCAACCCAAAGAGGCCCCAGAAGAGCCGUAUGACACCAGGCCUCUGUACCAGCGCCUUGAGGAACAGAAGAUGAGGAAAGACGCUGAAUAUGAGGAGGCCCACAAACUAAAAAACAUGAUCCGAGGGCUGGAUGACGACGAGGUGGGUUUCCUGGACCUGGUGGAGCGCAGCAAGGCCAAGGCGGCGCAGCAGAUCUCCCUGCAGGAACAGAAGGAGAUGCAGGAGUUUAGAGAGCGCGUGUCAACAUUGGCCGAGAGCGAGGAGCUGACGAGGCUGCGCGCGCAGCUCGCGCCGGCGCGCACCACUCCCGCGCAGCAACAGAAGAACAAACUGCAAGGGGUGGUGGUGAGGAAACGUAAAGCGAGCGAGUUGGAGGCAGAAAAAGGCGCCCCUGUGCCCCCGCCGGCCAAAACUAACGCCAAUGUUACAGACAGUGUGCCUUCCACCGAAGGGGCUGAAAUAGGAGCGAUGCGGUGCGUGGGAGUCCUGCCCGGGCUGCGACACUACGGCACGGACUCCUCCAGCGACACCGGGGACUCUAGCGACAGCGAACCAGAGGACAAAUGCUGCAAGCGCGACCUGCUCGGCCGGCGGCCGUCCACCGACAAGCACAAGGAGAAAAGUUAGAAGCGCAUAAUAUUACUAUUCUUAGGGCUCAUUUAGACGAUGUGAGAACUUACAUGCAAGUCUCUUACAUUGCGGGUUUUGAUCGGUCGGUUGAAUUAGACGUAACCAAUAAGUCCGCAAUGUAACUAAAAUAGCAUUCUAGUUUGCGCGCCGUCUAAAUCAGCCCUUACUUAGGCGGUGAAGUGCAGUGCUGGUGCUGCAAGUAAAUGGGCUGAAGGAAUCUGCACAGAUGUAGUGCAUAAUUAUUUUCCAUCGUAAUUUCAGGGAAACGUACGAACCGAUUCGGAAAUGAAUUAGAUUUCUACUAGACUUCAACAAGUUACGAUAUGGAUACUUUAAAGAUAUUUGUAAGAUAGAUAUGUCGAAUUUGACGUUUCCGCGAUUCUGGAGGUCCUCUUGAACGAUUUCGACAAGUUAUGACUUAGAUAUCCAAGUCACAUCUAGUCGAUAUCUAAUGUAGAUCUAGUUGAUCUCUAAAUCGUGAUUAUCUCUAAAUCCGAAUAGGCCUGUAUGUGUCUUGCUAUUUCAGUCAGUCUCGGUACAAAAAGUACAGAGUUUGACUGAAGUAGCAUGACAAAUACGAACGUUUCCGAGAAUAUACGAUGGAAAACAAUUAUGCACAACAUCUGUGCAAGCGAUGAAUUAGGAUAACAAUUUCAGCUGAAAUCGACUUUAACUCAAUUUCGCCGAAAAAUUAAACUUUGUUAAGGAUUAUACAUGAAAUUUAGUGGUUUUAUGAAAUUUUGCGUAAACGUUUUAAAAACUCGUCAGUCCUAGACGCAGGACCGGAUUGAAUUUAUCUAAUGACUAAAUUUAUUGUUGAAUAAAAUUUAACGGUUUAAGCUUUUUACUAAAUUACAAUAACCGUUUGAUAAAAAAUUUUGAGCAAAAAGUCCGGUCGAGACAAUUACAUUUUGAUAUACUUAGUUAAAUUAUGUUCUUAUUAUUUUUAAUUCAUAAAACUUAAAAAUAAUAUAAUAUUGAAGAGGAGUCAAUAAUAUAGUCUGGUAAUCAUUAUCAAAAAGCGUCAUUCCUCAUUGUUAUAAAUGGUGUCAUUUCGCAAGCCCAAUAUUACAGGGUUCUAUGUUACAUUUUCAAGAUAGUUGAAAUUCUACUUAAUGUCACUAUGACAAUGUUCAAAUUUCAGUUCGAUAAAAGUGAAACAUAGAAUCCUGUAAUAUUGGGCCAGCGAUUUAGUGUAUUUCCAAACAUUGCCGUACUUAUUUACUAAGUAAUGUUGGUAUUACAACUGAGAAGUGUCUUUUCACAAGGACUUACUUUUGUAUGUUGUUCAUAGAGAAAUAAGCCCUUUUGAAAAGACUCCUCAACGGGUGUUGCCCUUAUUUUGUGGGAUUUUCGACGGAGCUACUACUCUUAUGGAGUAAAUUAUUAGUUCAAAGGCUGCUUUGAGAGGAAAGGGGACGGCCGCUUCUUACGCAGUCCCCAUUUCCUCUCUGGGUAUUGACAUUAUGCAAAAUAUUUUUGCAUAACUUGACGCUAGAUGUCGGCUACGAAAUAACGCGCGUUUUGGUAAGAAAACUGAAGUACGGAUACUUAUUACUCUAUGAUUGGACUAAUACUUAUAAAGUAACGCCAUUUACAACAACUAUGGGGAACGAUUUCUUUGCCAUUAAGACAUUACCGGUAAAUUUUAUUCAUUUGUCUAGAGUCGCACCAAACAAAGUCUGCAGCGGAUUUAAUAGCCCACGCAGUGUAAGUGUUAUGUAUACGUCAUAAUUUCAUAGAAGUUUGACGUUUAAAAUACACUUGCACUGCGUGGGCUAUCAAAAUCGCUGCAGACUUUUUACGGUCUGACUAUAUAAAAAUAGUUCGCUUUUUCAAUAAUAAUUUAAAAUCGUCACAUCACUAAAAAUUAGAACGUAAAAGGAAAUAACAUAUACAAAAUCACGGGUUCAAAUAUUUUCAAGUAAUAAGCUAAUUAAGUGCUGUGGUACGAGUAUUAUAGUUCAUAAUGAAGUUUUCCUAAUGUAAUAUUAUAUUCAGUGGCAGUUUACAAAAUUAGAAUUGUAACUCGUUCAAGGCUUGUAGGGGGUUUAUUACAAUUUAGACUGUUUAAUGUAAUUAAAUGUAUCUUAUUGUAA